UGGCUUGUGUCUGCAACAAGACAUCAAAGCAGCUCCUUAUUACCAGUGAAGUUUCUUCCAUAUCAAGAAAGAAACAAUGGGAGGGAUGAAUCAAUUUGGUAUUGUGGUCUUGAGUCUUUUCGGACUUAUGGUGGGAAGUCAGGCUCAACUGCAGUUGGGAUUUUAUGCCAAGAGCUGCCCAAAAGCUGAACAGAUUGUGCUCAACUAUGUUAAAGAGCACAUCCCCAAUGCUCCAUCACUAGCAGCAACUUUCAUUAGAAUGCAUUUCCAUGACUGCUUUGUCAGGGGUUGUGAUGCAUCUGUGCUUCUAAACUCAACUACAGGCAACGCAGAUGCUGAGAGGGAUGCAGUUCCAAAUCAAACACUCAGAGGCUUCGAUUUCAUUGACAGAGUGAAGAGCCUUCUGGAAGAUGAAUGCCCUGGUGUAGUUUCCUGUGCAGAUAUUAUUUCUCUAGUUGCAAGGGACUCAAUUGUGACAACAGGAGGUCCUUUCUGGAAUGUUCCAACUGGACGCAGAGACGGGACGAUCUCCAAUGCCACAGAAGCUGCAAACAACAUACCAUCUCCAUUUCACAACUUCACCACUAUACGCGGACUCUUUAAUAAUCAAGGACUUGAUCUAAAAGACUUGGUUCUGCUAUCUGGUGCGCACACAAUCGGUAUUUCUCACUGCACAUCAUUUGAAAACCGUCUGUACAAUUUCACUGGAGUAGGUGAUGAAGACCCUGCGCUUGAUAGUGAAUAUGCAGCAACUCUGAGGGCAAAUAAGUGCAGAGUUCGCAAUGAUACUACCACAAAAGUUGAGAUGGACCCCGGGAGUCGCAAGACUUUUGACCUUAGUUACUACACACUUUUACUUAAGAGAAGGGGUCUCUUCCAAUCUGAUGCUGCUUUGACUACUAACUCUAAUUCAUUGGCUUUAAUUAACCAACUACUCAGUGGAUCAUUGCAAAAUUUCUUCUCUGAAUUCGCCACCUCUAUGGAGAAAAUGGGACGCGUCAAUGUUAAGACUGGAACAACUGGCCAGAUCAGGAAGCAAUGUGCUUUGGUUAACACCUAGAGCUAGACAGACUAAACUUUCGCAUUGCCCCUCAUUUUUUCAAAUUUUGAUUUCUGAUUUGGAAGUUUUGUUAAUGUAUAAAUCUUGGUGAGACUUGGGCUAUGUAUUUUAUGUUGUGUGAAUAAUUUAGCCGUUGUGUAAUAUCUUCCUUGGUACCUUCAGAAGAUUGUGUUCAUGUAAUAACACAGCAAUCAUGUAUAAGAUUGCAGUCA